CCUCCCUCGGGCUCCUGUCCCCUGGGUGCGCCCCAGCAGCCGCGUGGGCCGGAGACUGGACGAAGGGUGGCCGCCCGGUCCCGCCUUCCCGGCCCCGCCCCCGCCCCGCCCCCGCCCCGCCCCGACGCCCCGGCCAUAAAUUAGCGCGCGCGGCCCGCCGCGCCUGCCCCCGUGGUCUGCACCUAGAGGGUCCUGCCGCCGUCGGAGGAGCAGCCGCCGCCGCCUGACCAUGGCUGAGGAUCUGGCCCUGGAGCGAUGUGAUCUGGAGCUAGAGGCCAAUGGCCGCGACCACCACACAGCCGACCUGUGCCGGGAGAAGCUGGUGGUGCGGCGGGGCCAGCCUUUCCGGCUGACGCUGCACUUCGAGGGCCGCGGCUACGAGGCCAGUGUGGACAGGCUCACCUUCAGCGUCGUGACGGGCCCAGCCCCCAGCCAGGAGGCCGGGACCAAGGCCCGCUUCCCGCUGAGCGAUGCUGUGGAGGAGGGCACCUGGACGGCCUCCGUGGUGGACCAGCAGGACCACAUCCUCACGCUGCAGCUCAGCACUCCGGCUGACGCCCCCGUCGGCCUCUACCGCCUCAGCCUGGAGGCGUCCUCCGGCUACCAGGGCUCCAGCUUUGUGCUGGGCCACUUUACCCUGCUCUUCAAUACCUGGUGCCCGGCGGACGCCGUGUACCUGGACUCGGAGGAGGCACGUCGGGAGUACGUCCUCACGCAGCAGGGCUUCAUCUACCAGGGCUCGGCCAAGUUCAUUAAGAGCAUCCCCUGGAACUUCGGACAGUUUGAAGAUGGGAUCCUGGACAUCUGCCUUAUGCUCCUGGAUGUCAACCCCAAGUUCCUGCAGGACGCCAGCCGCGACUGCUCCCGCCGCAGGAGCCCGGUCUACGUGGGCCGGGUGGUGAGCGGCAUGGUCAACUGCAACGAUGACCAGGGCGUGCUGCUGGGACGCUGGGACAACAACUACGGCGACGGCGUCAGCCCCAUGUUCUGGAUUGGCAGCGUGGACAUCCUGCGGCGCUGGAAGAACCACGGCUGCCAGCGCGUCAAGUACGGCCAGUGCUGGGUGUUCGCCGCCGUGGCCUGCACGGUGCUGCGGUGCCUGGGUGUCCCCACGCGCGUGGUGACCAACUACAACUCGGCCCAUGACCAGAACAGCAACCUUCUCAUCGAGUACUUCCGCAACGAGUUCGGGGAGAUCCAGGGUGACAAGAGCGAGAUGAUCUGGAACUUCCACUGCUGGGUGGAGUCGUGGAUGACCAGGCCAGACCUGCAGUCUGGGUAUGAGGGCUGGCAGGCUCUGGACCCCACGCCCCAGGAAAAGAGUGAGGGGACGUACUGCUGCGGCCCGGUUCCGGUGCGUGCCAUCAAGGAGGGCGACCUGAGCACCAAGUACGACGCCCCCUUUGUCUUUGCCGAGGUCAAUGCCGACGUGGUGGACUGGAUCCGUCAGGACGACGGGUCCGUGACCAAGUCCAUCAACCGCUCGCUGAUCGUGGGGCUGAAGAUCAGCACAAAGAGCGUGGGCCGUGACGAGCGGGAGGAUAUCACUCAUACCUACAAGUACCCGGAGGGGUCCUCCGAGGAGAGGGAGGCCUUCACGAGGGCCAACCACCUGAACAAGCUGACCGAGAAGGAGGAGACGGGAGUGGCCAUGCGGAUCCGCGUGGGCCAGAGCAUGAACAUGGGCAGCGACUUUGAUGUCUUCGCGCACAUCACCAACAACACGGAAGAGGCCCGUGUGUGCCGGCUCCUGCUCUGCGCCCGCACCGUCAGCUACAACGGCGUCCUGGGGCCGGAGUGCGGCACCCAGCAGCUGCCGGACCUGGCCCUGGAGCCCUUCUCCGAGAACAGCAUUCCUCUACGCAUCCUCUACGAGAAGUACUGCGACUGCCUCACGGAGUCCAACCUCAUCAAGGUGCGGGGCCUCCUCGUGGAGCCGGCGGCCAACAGCUACCUGCUGGCGGAGAGGGACCUCUACCUGGAGAACCCAGAAAUCAAGAUCCGGGUCCUGGGCGAGCCCAAGCAGAACCGCCGGCUGGUGGCUGAGGUGUCCCUGCGAAACCCGCUCACCGUGCCCCUGUUGGGCUGCACCUUCACGGUGGAGGGGGCAGGCCUGACGGAGGAGCAGCAGGCCGUGGAGAUCCCUGACCCCGUGGAGGCCGGGGAGGAGGCCAAGGUGAGGGUGGACCUGCUGCCGCUCCACGUGGGCCGUCACAAGCUGGUGGUGGACUUCGAGAGCGACAAGCUGAAGGCCGUGAAGGGCUACCGGAAUGUCAUCAUCGGCCCCCCCUAGAGGACCUGCACCCGCCCCACCACAGCCUGCCCAAGCCCCCAGCUUGCCCCAAUAUUUGUCCCCAGUUAGUGAGAAAAAUGUGCCCCUUCUUGGGCCCCGGACCCCAGGGCAGGGGUGGGCGGCCUGUGGGGCCCACG